AUCGUUUUGUGGCAAGACGUGGGCGGCUCAGAACACAGAUGUCGGCGCAGGAGAACCACCUCAAGACUGCGGGCGUACCGCAGUACAUCCACGCCGACGGCGCCGCCACAGGGCCCAUCGCGCCAUCGGCCGCGGCCAUGGAGGCCUUCCGCGCCGUCAAGAUGAAGCGCCAGUUCCGCUACGUCUUCUUCCGCAUCGACGGCGCGUCGAUCGAGGUCGACAAGUCGGCGCCACCGGCCGCGACGGCCGCGGACCUCUGCGUGGCGCUGCCGCAUGCCGACUGCCGAUAUGUCAUCUACGACCACGAGGCGACGCUGCCCGAUGGGCGCAAGACGUCGAAGCUCUACUUUAUUCUCUGGGCGCCGGCGACCUCCAACCCGCAGGCCAAGAUGGCGUAUUCGUACGCCAAGGGCAACUUCCGCGGCCAAUGCGACGGCUGCUUUGACUUGAACGCGAGCUCAGCGCGCGACGUGGAGUUGGGCGUGGGUCUCGUCUCGGCCGACGACGACGACUCGGAGAGCGACUUUGAGUAGGCACGGCCAAAGCCAAUCACACCCUCUAACUAUAGAUCUGUGUUUGACACGAGCCAUUGC